AUGCCAACCUUCCUCAUCUUCCGGUCCGGUGCCGUGAUUGAAACCAUCCAAGGCGCAGAUGUUCGCAAGCUCACAACUGCCAUCGAGAAUGCUGUGAAACUUUCUGGCUCUGCGAAGCCUGUUUAUUCCAGCGCGGGGCGAACACUAGGCGGAUCUGCCCCUACGAGCUCCAGCACGAUGGCAAGAAACUUUAGCUUUGACAGGCUACUUCACGAUAUUAUUGCAUUUUUUGGCUUGUACCUCUACUCCCUAUUCUCAUUUGAUGCGUACACUGCAGCCGAGAAUUCGCCUUUCAAUAUCCAUAAGGUCCCUACGGCACCGGCAGCAAGAACAACCGGUGGACGAACAGGAGCAACGACUCAGGCCGGAAAAAAAUUAGGGACUAUCGCUGAUAUAGCUGGCAAAGACUGA